AUUGCACUCCAGCCUGGGUAACAAGAGCGAAAUUCCAUCUCAAAAAAAAAAAUAAAUAAAUAAAAAAUAAACAUCUGAUAGGGCAGUUACGGGAAUUAGGUGAGAUACACAGCGCACUUAGCAUUGGGCCUAGAACAUAGUAAGUGCUCUAUCUAUGGCUACCAUUAUUCAUAUUUUAUUAUUGUAAUUCCUCCAGUUAUGUAAGGCAACAUUUGUGACCCUUUCCAGAGGGAGGGCUUGGGGCUCAAAUUGGCCCUGCAGGGGAGGAGUUCAGAGGAGGGAGGCUGUAUAUGGAGGACUUGGGGAAGGCUUCCUGGAGGGGCUGACGUUGGCCUCAGUGCCUUGCAGGAUGGGAACCAACAGAGGUGAGGGAGAGGGUAGUUUGAGCAGAGGCACAGAGUUCAGUCUGUUUCCCUCUUUGUCCUGGAAGGGUCCUCCUUAGCGGGCCUAAUGUUCUCUGGGUCUUAUAACCCUCACUCCAAGAAAAGGCAUAUGCUAGAAGCUCAAAGAAGGCAGUGCUGCUCAUUCAGGCCUUCACACUGAUGCAGGUUUCUCCUCUUUCCAGUACCUGAUGCCCUUUCUCCUCAACCAGUGUGGCUCUCUUCUCUAUUACCUCACCUUGGCAUCGACAGAUCUGACCCUAGCUGUACCCAUCUGUAACUCUCUGGCCAUCAUCUUCACACUGAUUGUUGGGAAGGCCCUUGGAGAAGAUAUUGGUGGAAAACGUAAGUCAGGCUACUGCGAGUGUGGGACGCAGCUAUUUGGACCUCGACAUACCUGUAUCAGUUCCUUCCCGGAACCCAUCUCCCUGGAAUGGGUGAGGACAGGGCCUCUUCCCAUCCUGCCUUUUCCUCUGCAGCUGUCCUGCUUCCUUGUGGCCAUCAGAGUUCCCUUCUGCUGGACAGUCUGGGGACAGAGGCUGGGGCGGGACCCAGGACCAGACCCUAUCUGAGCCCUUCCUACAGCCCUGUGCCAGCUGUUACUGGCAUGGCUGAGCUCAGAACCCCUUGAUUUCUGUCCAUUAUCCCAGGAGCAGUCGCUGGCAUGGUGCUCACCAUCACCGGAAUCUCACUCUGCAUCACAAGCUCAGUGAGUAAGACCUAGGGGCAACCGUCUACCCUUUGAGUGGGCCGAAGCCAUCACCAGCUCUGCUGCCUCCUGGAAGCCCCUGGGCCAUGAAGUGCUGACAGUGAGCAGAUAGACCUAGCACCUCCCCUCUCUGGCCUCAGCUUCCUCCUCUUGUGGGGAUAACAGCUACCUCAUGGAUCACAAUAAGAGAACAAGAGUGAAAGGGUUUUGUAACCUUCAAGUGCUGUUCAGCUACUGGAAUUAAGCACAGGAGACUCGACGCAACCUUUCUGCCCCAGCAGCUCUCUUCCUACUGUCAUCUCAGGCCCCCAGUUCAGCCACCAUUACUGUGGCCUAAUCUGGACUAUCAUGGCGGCAGGUUCCAUGGACUGCAGAACCCCAGCUUUAUAGAAAGGGCCAGCUACAGACGGAGCCAGAAAGCAAACAGGAGGCCUCCAGGGCUCAGAGCACCUUGGCUGACUGAGAGGUGGAACUGAGGGGAAAAAGGUGCCUCAGAGUGGCAGAUGCAGAAGAUGAGCUAUUAGCCUUGCUUGCCCCACCCAUGAGGUGGGCAGAAAUCCUCACUGCCAGCCUCUCUUAAACAGGUAGCAUCUGUGAGCCCCAGCUCCGCCUGACUCCAGCACCCAGCACAACACCUGGAGAGUAGUAGCUGUCAAUAAAUCUGUGGUAAACAGAAGUUAA